UAUUUUUAUUUUGCUCUCAUUCAAUAAAAGCCAUUUAUAGUCAAAUGCUUUCAAUGCCCUCUAAUUCUCAAGCGGAGAUCAUCCAAUUACAAUAGAAGAUCCAGGUGUCUACGCAAACAGCAUCAUCCUCUCCUAUUUUUCUUCCAUUUUUAGCUGUUCUCUCCCCUAAAUUUUCCAUGAAGAAAUUGGGCAAGCUCCCAUUUGCCUAAAUUCUCUCUCUGUCUACAGUUUCAAGCUUUAUCAGUAGAUAGAAGAAGAGUUUGAUCUUGAGUUCUUCUUCAGCUAUUAUUGGAGUAAUUCCCUUUCUCAUUCUCAAUUCAACAAGGCCAACGAAAACCCAAAAGGAUCUAUUAGUUCCUUUUUCUUGCCAAUACUCAACUACUAGUUGCCUCAGAACGUGCCACAAUCUUACUUGCUGGAAUUAUCAAGAUUGGACCACAAUCAGGAGGAACAACUUUCCAUAUUGGCUAGCUGGGUCCUAACAACUUGUGUGGUUGAUAUUUCACUUGGUAACAACCUCUAAGAAACACAAACAUUAGUGCUGGUCUUUUUCAUAGGAAAAGCAACUAAUGGAGGCGAGUGAUAUUGAGAACAUGAAUGGGGAGUUGGAGAGACAUGGAUCGGGUUUUUCUGAGGAUAGAGAUGUGAUUCCAAUGAGAGAGCCCCUGUUGCUUAGAAAGAGGACCAUGAAUACUACAUCUCAGAUUGCCGUUGUUGGAUCUAAAGUUUACCCCAUAGAGACCUUGGAUUACGAGAUUGUGGAGAAUGAAUUAUUUAAGCAAGAUUGGAGGUCAAGGAAAAGAGUGCAGAUAUUUCAGUAUAUAGUCCUUAAAUGGACUCUGGCGCUGCUUAUAGGCCUCGGUACUGGACUUGUUGGCUUCUUCAACAACCUUGCAGUUGAGAAUAUUGCAGGAUUCAAAUUGUUGCUAACAAGCAAUCUUAUGCUUGAUCAUAGGUACUUACUAGCAUUUGGGGUUUUUGCUGGUUGCAAUUUAAUUUUAGCUGCAGCAGCUGCUGCUAUUUGUGCUUAUAUUGCACCUGCUGCAGCUGGAUCUGGUAUACCUGAAGUGAAAGCUUAUCUCAAUGGAGUUGAUGCUCAUUCUAUCUUGGCACCAAGUACUCUCUUUGUAAAGAUAGUUGGUUCAAUCUGUGGAGUUUCAGCGGGUUUUGUAUUGGGUAAAGAGGGGCCUAUGGUUCAUACAGGAGCAUGCAUUGCCUCGUUACUUGGUCAAGGUGGUUCAAGAAAGUACCAUUUGACAUGGAAAUGGCUUAGAUUCUUCAAAAAUGAUCGGGACCGUAGAGAUUUGAUCACUUGUGGAGCUGCUGCAGGAGUGGCAGCUGCUUUCAGAGCUCCUGUUGGAGGUGUUCUUUUUGCUCUUGAAGAAGCAGCAUCCUGGUGGAGGAGUGCUCUUCUUUGGAGAACAUUUUUCACAACAGCAGUAGUUGCUGUUGUACUAAGAAGUUUAAUUUAUUACUGUCGUGGUGGAAACUGUGGACUCUUUGGGGAAGGAGGAUUGAUCAUGUUCGACCUAAGCUCAACUAUUACUACAUAUAGCGCCCCUGACAUGCUCGUGAUUAUAGUUCUUGGAGUAAUCGGAGGUUUAUUUGGAGGCCUCUACAACUUUCUCUUGGACAGGGUUCUCCGUGCCUACAGCAUCAUCAAUGAAAAGGGCCCCCCAUCAAAGAUCCUUCUUACAAUCACCAUCUCUCUCCUCACUUCAUGCUGCGCCUAUGGCCUCCCUUGGCUUGCAAAAUGCACCCCAUGCCCCGAAAACCUCAAAGACCAAUGCCCAACCAUCGGUCGUUCCGGAAACUUCAAGAACUUCCAGUGCCCUCCAGGCCACUACAACGACCUCGCCUCCCUCUUCCUCAACACCAAUGACGACGCAAUUCGGAACCUCUUCAGCGGUGGGACCCAAAAAGAAUUCCACAUGUCAACCCUCUUCAUCUUCUUCAUCACCAUUUACUUCCUUGGCAUAUUCACCUACGGAGUCGCCGUUCCUUCCGGUUUAUUUGUCCCCGUUAUUCUCGCCGGUGCUUCAUAUGGACGAAUGGUUGGGAAUCUUUUAAGCCCUGUUGCGGAUCUUGAUGCGGGUCUUUUUGCGCUUUUAGGAGCAGCGUCAUUUCUUGGCGGGACCAUGAGAAUGACUGUCUCAGUGUGUGUCAUUCUCUUAGAGCUUACUAAUGAUCUCCCGAUGCUCCCUUUGGUUAUGCUUGUGCUACUAAUUUCGAAAACUGUUGCCGAUGGCUUUAACAAGGGUGUUUAUGAUCAAAUUAUUGUGAUGAAAGGGUUGCCAUUUAUGGAGGCUCAUGCCGAGCCCUAUAUGAGAAAUCUGGUGGCUGGUGAUGUUGUUUUGGGUCCUCUGAUAACAUUUUCGGGUGUAGAGAGAGUUGGUAACAUUAUUCAUGCGUUAAAAUUAACUGGUCAUAAUGGAUUCCCGGUGGUUGACGAGCCGCCUUUUUCUAAUUCACCGGAGCUUUGUGGGCUUGUGUUGAGGUCUCAUUUGCUUGUGUUGCUUAAAGGGAGGAAUUUUACGAAGGAGAGGGUGGCAACUGGAGCUUCAAAUGUGUUGGAGAGGUUUGGGGCGUUUGAUUUUGCCAAGGCUGGAUCGGGGAAAGGAGUGAAAUUGGAGGAUUUGGAGAUUGAUGAGGAUGAGAUGGAGAUGUUUGUGGAUUUGCAUCCAAUUACUAAUACUUCGCCUUAUACUGUGGUUGAAACGAUGUCGUUGGCUAAGGCUGCGGUUCUUUUUCGGGCGCUUGGACUUAGACAUCUCUGCGUUGUUCCGAAGACUCCUGGGAGGCCGCCAAUUGUUGGUAUUCUUACACGGCAUGAUUUCAUGCCUGAGCAUGUACUUGGUUUAUUCCCUCAUCUUGGUUCCCACAAGUAAAGGUGAAAUCUGGUUCUUGUUGGAUAUCAGUGGAAGCUGAUCUCCGACGAAAUCCACCCGUCUUCUGAAGAAAAUUUUAAAACAAUAAUCUGAUCUAUGGCGUGAUGCGAUUAUGUUCCUCACUCUCCCUGAUUAUUUUUCCUUUUGUUUUUCGAGAGGUGAUCCGGAGUUGUUAGGAUUUGGCGCAAAGCUGCAACACCAAAUUCUUUUUGUAAUUAUGCGUGUGUUCGAGUGUGCUGCAAUUGGAGGGGAUUCUUGGAUUUUGGCGUACUCCUCGAUACUGAGCGCCUCUUGGCUGUGUUGUUGUAUGUUAUCUAUGCUUAAGAGGAAUGCUCAUUGUUUAAUAAAAUUAUUGUUUACAGUGGUUAUUUGCAGUUGUCAGGUUUGCUAAUUGCUAUUGCUUUUCUCCUGUAUGUACAGAUUUCGUCUCAUUUAGUUGUAAUGCUUCAACCACGUGCAUUUA